UUGGCGGAAAAAUUCAAUAGCUCAAUUGUUAUCAUCGUGUAAAACUAAAUAUGUAUAAUUUAAACUGAUUUUUUUUAUAUCGCUCAGGCUGAGGAAGGCAAUGCUGCAAUGGCUGACGAAAAUGAUGUCGUUAAGGAUAAAGAUUGUAGUGUUGCUAAGGGUAUAGUAGACCAUAUUGGAUCUGUGGAGGAGUGCAGUGUUUCCGAAGACGAUGAUAGUGGUGGAAACAAGAAUGUUCCAUGGGCUUCCAGACUUGACUUCAUCGUCUCGCUGUUAGGGAUGUCACUUGGUAUUAGCGACAUCUGGAGGGUCCCCUAUCUUGUCUACAGAAAUGGUGGGGGAGCCUUCUUGAUCCCUUACAUCACACUCCUGUUAGUGUGCGGACUGCCGCUAUAUUACAUGGAGUUAGAGAUGUCACAGUUCUCGGGGAAGGGACUUUACAGAGUAUGGGACUUCGCCCCAUUAUUUAGAGGUAUUUGUAUAACGAUGUUUAUUCUGGGAGGAGUUAGUAUGUCCAUAUACCCAACUAUGCGAGCCUGGACCAUAGAGUUCCUUGUUAACUCAUUUCGGUCUACCUUACCUUGGUCAAACUGUAACAACACGUGGAACACUGACCGGUGUGUUGAAGUCAAAAUAGCCGGAAGUGCUGUACAAAACUUUUCAUCAACAAAUACAUUUUUAAUGGUUGCCAGCAACAUAACAAACAUGGUGGUAUCUCCAAUAAUUUCGGUCGACGGUAUGUCUGCGGCGGAGGAGUUUUGGCAACAUCAUGUCCUUGCCUUGUCUUCUGGAAUAGAGGACGUCGGCCCUAUCAACUGGAGGUAUGUUAUCUACCUCAUCAUCACCCACAUCCUCGUCUACCUCUCUUUAGUGAAGAGCGUCAAAUCUUUCGGCAAGGUGAUGUAUGUGACAGCCUUACUACCCAUUGUUUUGGUCCUGGUAAUCUGGAUCCGAGCCCUUGCGUUGCCCGGGGCAUUGUCGGGUAUGGCGUACUUCAUAACACCAGAUUUCUCCAUGCUGUUAAACUCUAAAGUGUGGAUAGAGGCGGGAUUCAUGGCUUUCUACACGCUUGGCCCAGGCUGGGGAGGACUUGCUACGUUCGGCUGUCACAACAAAUUCAACGAGAACAUCUUGACUGACGUCACAAUCACCACCGUUGUUGUACUUCUGUUUGGAUUGCUGAACGGUCUCGUUGUUUUCGCUGUAGUCGGCGUCAUGGCAGAGGAGUCGGGAAUACCUGUUCCAGAAAUAAUAACAUCAGGAGGGUUUUCUCUAGGUUUCGUAGCUUAUCCCCAGGCUAUGACCUAUCUACCGUUUCCCCAGGUGUGGUCUGUUCUGUUCUUUCUGGCCCUGUUGAUGCCCGGCAUGGAUAUGCAGACAGUCACCUUUGAACCGAUGAUGAAUAUUUUAGAGGAGGCGUUUCCAAGGCUACGUAAGCGCCGCCUGGUGGUAUUAGGGCUGGUAACAACCAUCGUGUUUCUAUUUGAGCUUCCGUUCCUCACACGAGCCGGGGCCUACAUCUUCCAGCUUAUGGACUGGUACGGGGCGGCUUUCAGCGUAGUUGCCAAUGCUCUCCUUGAGGCUGUCGUCUUCUUCUGGAUAUAUGGAGGAGACCGAAUAAGCCGAGACGUAACCAUGAUGUUUGGGCGUCCUCUUCCAGGUUUCAUCCGAGUCAGCGGUGCGUACAUCACGCCCGUUGCUUUGUUCAUGCUUUUGGUGGUCAGUUUCUUAUCUUACCGGCCCCCGACAUAUGGUACCUACAUCUACCCAGACUACUGUAACGUAUUGGGCUGGACAAUAGUCACACUCACCGUCCUGCCAUUGUUUGUGACGGUUAUAGUGCUACUGCUGAAGUCUACGGGGACACUCACCCAGCGAUUUCACAAGACGUCAUCGCCAAUGCUGACAUGGGGUCCAGUAGAACCUCAGUUCAAAGAACUUUACCGGAAGUCCGAGAAUUCACGUGACAGUUCCUUUUUACAGUUAGCGUGGUUCAAUCUGACAGGGCGCGUUGGUAUUCAGCUUAACAAUGGAAUGUUUGUUUGUGACGACAACGAAUUCACAGCCAUAAACACCUCUGACACCAAAUGUUAAACCAAUAUUGUAUUUUUUACUUUUUACGUAUCAUUUGUAGAAAAACCGCAAAUCAGAUAUUUUUUUAUAUUUUGUGUCAUAUUUUCUCAACUCAAUUUCAUCAUCGGCAAAUGAGCAUUUUCAUUGUUUAAGUAAUAACGUGUAGUUGGUUAGCCUCUGGAUUAAUAUGAGAAAUAAACAAGACUUAUACUGUUGCUAUCACAUGGGAAUCGUGCAUGACUCAAAAUUGCUACCCCUCAUAUAACGUCAGAACUGUUACCAUGUAACAUGACACACAACAUAUUAUGUGAUAUAAAAAUGCCGUCACAACACAAAAACAGAUAUAAAUGUACAAGAAAAUUAAAUGAAUCCAACAUCUUAAAUUUGAUGCGUAUUUUCUUUUAUAUCAAAUUAU